GCGAGGGCCGGGGCGGGCUGGGGGGAGAUGGGGUGGCGGUGGCGGCGGCGGCGGCUGCAGGAGGCGGGCGCGGACGAACCGGCGGCCGCAGCAGCAGCAGCGGCAGUCCCCGGAGUCCUGUGAAGUGCCUCUGCCCGCGCCUCUGUGGGCCUCGCGGAGGGAGCGAACGGAAAGCGAGCCGCCGAGCGCCACAGCCCUUGGGUCUCUCGCUCUCAUCCUCGCUCUCCUGCUCCGGCUCCUCCAUCUUGGCCUCGGCAGUGGCGGCUGCCGGGAGGAUGUGCCGCCUUCUGGCAGGGGGAAGAAGGAGGAGAAGAUGAAGAAGUACCGGCGGGCCUUGGCCCUGGUCUCCUGCCUCUCUCUGUGCUCCCUGGUCUGGCUUCCCAGUUGGCGUGUGUGUUGUAAAGAGAGUUCUUCAGCUUCGGCGUCAUCAUAUUACUCUCAAGAUGACAAUUGUGCGCUAGAAAAUGAAGAUGUACAAUUCCAGAAAAAGGUUGAAAGAGAGGGAUCUAUCAAUGCUGAAUUAUCAGGAAAAUUGGGUUCAAAUUUACCUAUUCCUCCAGAAGAACAUAAAAUGAAAGAUGAUUACAUUGUGGAUGUACAAAAAAUGGAGUCAAAAAAGUUAAGUCUACCUGUGGUUGAGACACUCCCUACAGUUGAUUUACAUGAAGAUUCUUCCAAUGUAGUUGUGGGCCAUGAAAACGUUGAAAAUACUUCCAGCUCAUCUACCUCAGAAAUCACUCCUGUCUCAAAGCUUGAUGAAAUAGAGAAAUCUGGUACUAUAUCUGUAGCCAAACCAAGUGAAACGGAACAGUCUGAAACUGAUUGUGAUGUUGGUGAGGCCCUUGAUGCAAAUGCUCCAAUAGAACAACCUUCCUUUGUCAGUCCACCUGAAAGCCUUGUUGGCCAGCAUAUAGAAAAUUCAUCAUCUUCACAUGGCAAAGGAAAGAUAACAAAAUCAGAAUUUGAAUCAAAAGUUGGAGCAAGUGAACAGGGUAGUGAUGAUUCAAAAUCUGCAUUGAAUUCUUCAGAUAACUUAAAAAAUGAGAGUUCUGAUUAUGCAAAACCAGGAGAAAUUGACCCUACAUCUGUAGCAAGUCCCAAAGAUCCAGAAGAUAUACCAACAUUUGAUGAAUGGAAGAAGAAAGUUAUGGAAGUAGAAAAAGAAAAAAGUCAGUCAAUGCAUCCAUCUUCUAAUGGAGGUUCACAUGCCACGAAAAAGGUCCAGAAAAAUCGAAAUAAUUAUGCCUCAGUAGAAUGUGGUGCCAAAAUUCUGGCAGCUAAUCCGGAAGCCAAGAGCACAUCUGCUAUUCUUAUAGAAAAUAUGGAUCUUUAUAUGUUGAAUCCUUGUAGCACUAAAAUUUGGUUUGUUAUUGAACUCUGUGAACCAAUUCAAGUAAAACAGUUUGAUAUUGCAAAUUAUGAAUUAUUUUCUUCUACUCCUAAAGACUUUCUGGUUUCUAUCAGUGACAGAUAUCCUACAAAUAAAUGGAUUAAGUUGGGUACUUUCCAUGGUAGAGAUGAGCGGAAUGUCCAGAGUUUCCCUUUAGAUGAACAAAUGUAUGCAAAAUAUGUGAAGAUGUUCAUCAAGUACAUAAAGGUGGAGCUGGUAUCACAUUUUGGAUCAGAGCACUUUUGUCCAUUAAGUCUUAUAAGGGUAUUUGGCACUAGCAUGGUAGAAGAAUAUGAAGAAAUUGCUGAUUCCCAGUAUCACUUAGAACGUCAAGAACUAUUUGAUGAAGACUAUGAUUAUCCACUGGAUUAUAAUACUGGGGAAGAUAAAUCAUCGAAAAAUCUUCUUGGUUCUGCUACAAAUGCCAUUCUAAAUAUGGUGAAUAUUGCUGCUAAUAUUCUGGGAGCAAAAACUGAAGACCUGACAGAAGGAAAUAAAAGUAUAUCUGAAAAUGCCACUGCCACACCUGCACCUAAAAUGCCUGAAUCAACUCCUGUUUCAACUCCUGUUCCACCUCCUGAGUAUAUAACUGCUGAAAUACACAUGCAUGACACGGAGCCAUCAACACCAGAUACUGCAAAAGAGAGUCCCAUUGUACAGUUAGUUCAAGAGGAAGAAGAGGAGGCAAGUCCAUCUACAGUGACCCUUCUGGGCAGCGGUGAACAGGAGGAUGAAUCAUCGCCCUGGUUUGAGUCAGAGACACAAAUAUUUUGCAGUGAACUGACCACAGUUUGUUGUAUUUCUAGUUUUUCUGAAUAUAUAUUUAAAUGGUGUUCAGUUAGAGUUGCUCUUUAUUGGCAGCGCAGCAGAACUGCUUGGAGUAAAGGAAAAAAUUAUCUUGUGUCAGCUCAGCCACCAUUACUGCUACCUGCAGAAUCAGUAGAAAUUUCAGUAUUGCAACCUUCAAAAGGAGAAUUGGACAGUAAAGAUGUGGAAAGGGAAGCUGAAAUUGUUGUUCUUGGUGACUUAAGUAGUGUGCACCAAGGUGAUUUGAUGAAUCACACUGUAGAUGCAAUUGAACUUGAACCAAGCCAUCCACAAACUCUUUCUCAGUCUGUUCUCUUAGAUAUUACUCCAGAAAUUAGUUCAUUAUCUGACAUAGAAAUAUCUGAAUCUGUUAAGUACACGGCAGGACAUACACCAUCACAAAUAAUUCCCCAGGAACACUCUAUUGAGGUUGAUAAUGAAACAGGAAAAAAGUCUGAGAGCUUUAGUUCUAUAGAGAAGCCAUCUGUUAUCUAUGAAACAAACAAAGUUAAUGAGGUAAUAGAUAAUGUAAUAAAAGAAGAUAUGAACUCCAUGCACAUUACCACAAAGUUAUCUGAAACAAUAGUGCCACCUUUAAACACAGCCACUGUGCCAGACAAUGAAGAUGGGGAAGCCAAAAUGAAUAUAGCUGACACACCAAAGCAAAUUUUGACUCCUGUUGUGGAUUCUUCUUCACUACCUGAAGUAAAAGAAGAAGAACAAUCUCCCGAAGAUGCCCUUUUGAAAGGGUUACAGAGGACAGCUACAGAUUUUUAUGCUGAAUUGCAAAAUUCUACAGAUCUAGGAUAUGCUAAUGGAAAUCUUGUACAUGGAUCAAACCAAAAGGAGUCAGUAUUUAUGAGACUUAAUAAUCGUAUUAAAGCCUUAGAAGUUAACAUGUCUCUCAGUGGUCGCUAUCUGGAGGAGCUUAGCCAAAGGUACCGAAAACAAAUGGAAGAAAUGCAAAAGGCUUUUAAUAAAACAAUAGUAAAACUUCAGAAUACUUCAAGAAUAGCAGAGGAGCAGGAUCAGCGGCAAACUGAAGCCAUCCAGUUGCUACAGGCACAGUUGACUAACAUGACACAACUGGUUUCAAAUUUAUCAACAACAGUGGUAGAAUUAAAACAGGAGGUUUCAGAUCGACAGAGUUAUCUUGUCAUAUCUUUAGUUCUUUGUGUUGUCUUGGGACUGAUGCUUUGUAUGCAGCGUUGUCGAAACACUUCUCAAUUUGAUGGAGAUUAUAUUUCAAAACUUCCUAAAAGUAACCAGUAUCCAAGCCCUAAAAGGUGUUUUUCUUCCUAUGAUGAUAUGAAUUUGAAAAGAAGAACUUCAUUCCCACUCAUCAGAUCCAAGUCCCUACAGUUAACUGGCAAAGAAGUAGAUCCAAAUGAUUUGUAUAUUGUAGAACCCCUUAAGUUCUCUCCAGAAAAAAAGAAGAAACGCUGCAAGUACAAAAUUGAAAAAAUUGAGACCAUAAAGUCUGCAGAUCCAUUGCACCCUGUAGCUAAUGGAGACAUAAAAGGAAAGAAGCCCUUUACGAACCAGAGAGAUUUUUCUAAUAUGGGAGAAGUUUAUCACUCUUCUUACAAGGGUCCUCCAUCAGAAGGAAGCUCAGAAACUUCAUCACAGUCAGAAGAGUCCUAUUUUUGUGGCAUUUCAGCUUGCACAAGUCUGUGCAAUGGACAGUCUCAAAAGACAAAAACUGAGAAGAGGGCUUUAAAACGAAGGCGAUCUAAAGUCCAAGACCAAGGCAAAUUGAUAAAAACUCUAAUACAGACUAAGUCAGGAUCAUUGCCGAGCCUGCAUGACAUAAUCAAAGGAAACAAAGAGAUCACCGUGGGAACAUUUGGUGUUACAGCAGUCUCGGGACAUACCUAAAAUUAAUUGAACUUUUCAUACUGGAGACUUUUUUUUGUUCUCUGAAGAACAGUCUGUGGUAUUUGAAGGGUUUGGGGGGAGGGAGAAAAUAUUAAUGGGAAAAGUAUUCAGAAAUUAUGGUUUUUGCCUUUUUAAAAAGUAGAUGGGAUUGUGUCAAUCUUGGUUAAUGAGCUGCAGUUUUACAAGGCUGAUCACUUCCUACAAGGACAAUGGUAGACAUUUUAUAAAGAUUUUUUUCACAGAUUAAUUACUGGGACAAAAGUAAUUUGGAAGCCCAGUCCUUGGGUGGGAUAGGAAUGAAAGCCUAAACCUCUUCCUUUAGCUUUGUUCCUAUUUCUUGCACCUUCCCAUAUUUAUGUGCCUUUUGUCUAUUUAUAAUGCCACUGGAAGAGGAGGGAGAACUUUUUCUGUCCUUUGAUUUCUUUUAUAACUUUGUUAGAUUUUUGAAGCUGCAAACACUACAAGACUUUUAAGAUGGUCUGUGUCUGAAGCUCGGCAGCGUGGGUCAGACAGUAUAACAAUCCUAAGGACUUGCCAACUAGUCUCUGUUUAGCAAACUCACUGGAAAUAAACACUUGCUGCAAUUUAAAUUCUGUUCUUCUAGCUAAAUGGUGAUGAUGUUAAUGUUAUUUUCAUUUAGACUUAUUUAGACUUUUUCCUUAGUUACAAACUCAAUAGGAAAAAAACAAGCUACGGUAUUUUUUUUUUUUUUUUUUUUUGCAAAUAACUAGUACUUGUGAACAAAUUUUUGAUAAAUUUACCUUUUAAACACAUUUAACCAUUUACAAAGGUUUUCUUUAGCUACAUUACAUUUUAAACAUUUACAGUAAACACUAAUUCUCUAAACAUUCACCCCACAGUUUUCUAUUACUACAAAUAUAAAAUUUGAAGGUUUGGCAAAUGACUCCAGGUUUUUCUGAUAUAAUCACUGCCUAUGUACAUAAACUCAGAACCAGCUAGUGAGUUUGUUAAGCUUUGUCUAAUUGGUUAAGUCUAAAGAGGUCAUUGUUCCUUGACGUUUGCUUCAUAUUGGCUACAAAUGUGCAGAGGUAUAUAUGUGUGAUGUCAAUGCGUCUGUCUUCAUUUGUGUCUUUAAAAAUAAUCAGCAGUGACUGUAUUUGAAUUCAGUGAUUUCUCAGUGUGUGAUUAUACAGUAAUGAGCAAAAGUGUAACACAUUUCUUUUUGAAAGGGAGAGAAGUGACCAUUUUGUGUUGUGAGAUUUAAGUUAUAACUUAUUAAGCACUUUUAGUAAUAACUUUUUAAACUUGUCUAAUACCUUUCUUAGGUAUUGUUUGUAAUGUGACUUAUUUAAAGCCUUUUUUGUUUGUUUAAGUUGCUGCUUUAGGGUAACAGUAUGUUUUAGAAGAUUUAAUUUUUCUAGUCUGCACAGUUAGCCGUUCAGAGCAAGAGGGCCUGAUUGUAUAGAAGCCCCUUGAGAAGAGGUCCAGAUGAGAGCAGAGCAGAUACAGAGUGGGAAGUUAGGUGAUCUGUGUGCGUGUAAAGAGGACUUUCAGUAUGUAACUACGGAGCUGUAGUGCCAUUAGAAACUGUGAAUUUCCAAAUAAAUCUGAACACUUGUCUUUAUUAA